CUCAAUUCUUGCAGCCUGCUUCCAGUUGGUGGCUAACCGCCGCGGCGGUAAGAACCUGAUCUUUCAGGGGCACAUGUACUCCGUGGAGCGCAAGUACCGGAACAGCAUCAACUGGGUCUGCUCCAAAAACAGUAACAAUGCGUUACGCUGCCCGGCGAGAUGUGUGACCAGCUCAGACACUAGCACCGCCAUCAAGCUAAGCCACCGGCAUCACAACCAUCCGGCGGGCUCCUUCAAGCUGCACAAGCGCAGUCGAAAGUGUUCCAGCAGGCGGAGCAGCAGCUAGCCAUUCUCCCAAUGAGCUUAAUAGUUCUCGGCAUCGUAAUGUUUACAAGAAGAACGGAUUUACGAUUAUCGAUGGCUAUCGCUUUGUGAUCGGCACUACUAACUUGCGUCGAACGUACUUGAAGUGUGCCAACUUCCGGAGCAAUUGUCGGGCCCGGGCCAUUG